AUGCUGAAUAAGCAUGAUGAUUUUGCUUAUUUCAAUAUUUCUGACGGACUGACAAGUUGCGGCGGAGAGAGGAUCUCGAACGAGAGCCACAUUAUUUACAAGAAUACGAUCAGAGACAAGGAGAAGACAGCAAGCUCUAUUGUUGAGCGGGCUGAGGUUCUAAUUCCUUUUCAAUGCGUUUAUGAAAAUGAGCUGGAGGUUAAUCUGAAGCAAGCAUUGGAGCCAACAAAGAGGACGAUCGUCGAUUUGACAUGCGAGGAAGCAAGAGACCGCUCUCCAAAAUGCUCCAAAUUGAAGAAAUAUUGCCAUGCUCCAAAAUACGUUGAAAAAAUGAAACAGAACUGCCGAUCUUCGUGCGGUUUCUGCAGAAAAACAUGCAAGGAUGCGAACCAAUUUGCUUGCAUAGCUGGACGCUCAAGAUGUUUUUCUGAUCAAGAAUUUGCGGAAAAAGUUUGCCCCAAGACAUGCGGACUUUGUGAAUAA